GCGACGGAGGGCGCCAGAGGGCGUAGAGCCCAGGCCGGAGAGGGGAGGCAGGGGGCAGAGCACUAGAUCCAGAUCCCUCGUCCGGGGGGGCCGCGGGCGGCCGAGGAAGCCGGCCAGCUAACGCCACCCCACCAUGCCAAGUUUGGCGCCUGCGCAGAAGAUCAUCCAUCCUCCUCUCCUCCGUGCCGCUGCAGAUGCAGUUUCGCUUAAGUGGAAUCUAUUAUCCUGUCUAUUUCUUGAUCUCGCUGCUGGUGAUCUUUUACAAAAGAAAUCGCUAAGGAAGGAAAGGGACCCGCAGGCGCAGAGUGUUCGGGGCAGCCCUCGUGGUGGUGGCAACGGAUCGGAAAAGGGGCGGAAGCCCCUCGGGGGGAAUGGCCGCGCCAACUGCGUGCACCUCUUCGCUUACCCGCCCGCGUACUGGGCCGUCGAUGUGCUCCUGCUGGGCAGCAUGGGCGUCCUGGAGGCCCUGCGGCUCUACCUGGGCGCAAAGGGCAACUUGACGGAGGAGGAGACCCUGCUGGGCAGCAGCCUCCUGCUGACCGUGGCCAACGCCUUCCUGUCUCUGUACUUCCUGCUGUGGGCCACCUUCGUGCUGUGGAUCGACGUCCUCCUCAACGGGGCCCUGCUGACCCUCUACGGCCUGGAGGGCCUCCUGCAGGCCGUGACCAUCGCGGCCUUUGUCAGCUAGCCUCCGCCGCCCCCUGGCUCCCGUUCCACCUGUGAGGAAGCAAAGGUCUGCCGGGGGCCGGGAUCUCACCCUCGGGGGCCAGAAUCUCACCCUCGGGGGCCAGGAUCUCACCCUGGGGGGGCCGCGAUCUCACCCUCGGCCAUGAUCUCACCCUCGGGGGCCGGGAUCUCACCCUCGGGGGGCCGUGAUCUCACCCUCGGGGGGCCGGGAUCUCACCCUCGGGGGGCCGGGAUCUCACCCUGGGGGGGCCAGGAUCUCACCCUCGGGGGGCCGGGAUCUCACCCUGGGGGGGCCAGGAUCUCACCCUGGGGGGGCCGCGAUCUCACCCUCGGCCAUGAUCUCACCCUCGGGGGCCGGGAUCUCACCCUCGGGGGGCCGGGAUCUCACCCUGGGGGGGGCCAGGAUCUCACCCUCGGGGGGUCCGGCCUGGAAUCAGGGAGCCCCAAUCCCAGAUCCAGCCUCAGACACUCCUGGAUAAGUCACCCGGCUGCCACCUGCCUCAGUUUUGUCCUCUGUAAAGUGGGAUCAGCACAGCCCCUCUGUGGGCUGGGGCGAGGAGCCGAGGAGAUUUGUAGGGCACCCAGUAGGCAUCUGCCGGGCCCUGGUGAGGAGAGGCCGCACAGCCGGGCUCCCGGGGCCCGGACAGGUGCCAGGCGAGGGCCCGUGUGGCCAGUGCUGGGAGAAGAAGAUGGGCAGGACCCCCUCCCCUUCUCUCUCUCCGGCCCCUCACGGCGCAGGGGGCUUCAUACUUUGUUUCCAAAUAAAAUCUCUGCCCCA